UGCGGGCUGAAAGGAAGAAAGCCAGGGAUGCAGAGUACCAGGCUCACAUGAGAAAUGGUACCUGGGAAUUAACCACUUUACCGAAGGGAGAACGAUGCAUCUCGAGUGGCUGGGUUGAAACUGAUAAGCGAGCUCAGAAUGGCAUCAUCGUAAGGAGGAAGGCAAGAUUCAUUGCAAAGGGCUACAGUCAAGAGUAUGGAUAUGAUUAUCUCCAUUCUUAUGCACCGGUUGCAUCGAUGACAACUAUUCGUUUGAUAUUAGCUUUGACGUGCAUUCUGGACUUGGAGGUGGAUAACAUGGAUGUUGAAACAGCUUACCUUCAAUCAGACCUUGAGGAAAAGGUGUAUGUUAAGCAGCCACUUGGAUAUGAGCAAAAUGGACCGAAUGGAGAGGAGCU